AUGGGCGUGGACGUGAACGGCUCCGUGAAUGCCAGCACGGACCGCCUGACCUCGGGGACGGCCUCCGGGUUCGAGGUCGAUGGGGGUUGCGGCAAGCAGGGCAAGUGCCGGGCCGCCGCGGCGGCCACCGGCCAGUGGGUGAAGAAGUACUUCUGGGAGGGGCAGCACCUGGCCGAGGGCGCCGCCAAGGGGACCAAAUUGAGUGAGGAUGAGCCGGAGGGGGACAAGACGUUCCUACAGAGGCACCGGCGGGUGAUUGGAUUCGUGCUGCCGGGGCUGUUCUUCCACGUGCUGUGGUGGUCGUGGAUGGGCAGCCAGGACCUGUUCCACCUGUUCGGGGAGCGCUCCGGUGGGCAGGACAUCCCGAGGUACUACAUGAGCAUUACCAUGCUGUUUGGGUCGAUGAUCGCCGGCGCGACGAGCGAGGGCGGGGCCAGCGUGGCCUUCCCGGUCAUGACGCUGGUGUUCUCGAUUCUGCCCGCUGUGGCGCGGGACUUCUCGUUCAUGAUUCAGUCCGUGGGCAUGACCUCGGCGGCGUUCACCAUCCUGUUCAUGCGGGUCAAGAUCGAGCUGCACUCGCUGAUAUGGUGCACCAUCGGCGGCACGGCGGGGAUCAUCUUCGGCCUGGAGGAGGUGGCGCCGCAGCUGACGCCCAGCUACUCCAAGAUGUACUUCGUGGUCAUCUGGUUCGCCUUCGCCUUCUCCCUGUAUUGGCUGAACCGCAACCACGGCCGCCCCGUCUUCGACGAGGUGCCGGACUUCGACAGGGACGUGAUCAGCGUCCUCGGCUGGCAAAUAAAGUGGAAGGCGCUGGUGCUGCUGGGCUUCGGAUUCAUGGGCGGCGUCUUCUCCGCCAUGGCGGGCAGCGGCAUCGACAUCUGCUCCUUCUCCGCGCUCACCCUCCUCUUCCGGGUGUCCGAGAAGAUCGCCACGCCCACCUCCGUCAUCCUCAUGGCCAUCAACACCUGCGUGGGCUUCGCCUACCGCGAGUUCGCCAUGGGCGGCGUGCAGGAGGACGCCUGGGGCUUCUUCGCCGUGUGCGUGCCCAUCGUGGUGAUCGGCGCGCCCCUGGGCUCCCUGGUGGGCUCGCACUUCCACAGGCUGGUCCUGGCUGGCUUCGUGUACGUCACGGACACCGCCCAGCUGGUCCUGGCGCUCAUCGUCGUCAAGCCCUGGCUGCACGCGAACGACGGCGGCAAGAAGGACAACGACGACCCCACCCACCUGACCCUCACCUCCGGCGCCAUCCUCGUCGCGGGCGCCAUCUUCUUCAAGCUCAUGGAGAUGGCUGGCAGAAAGCUGCUCGACAUCCAGGAGCAGAGGAUGGCCGAGGCCGAGGGCAUGCAAUUAGCCAAGAGGAAAGUGGACGACGAGCCGGUGUGA